UAAAGUAUACCAAAAACAAUUUAAGUUGAUUUUUGUUUAAAGACAAGCGCAUAAACAAGUAGCAAAGCAGGUUUCUCGAGAAGCAGAAAGAGUGAGGUUUACCUCAAAGAGAAGAGACCAUGCCCUGAAUCCAGAACCAGCGAAGCUAAUUGUACAUUUCGCUUCGUCAAUGGAAUAAAACAUAUUCCUUAUCCACGGCAGAAGUCAGUCACAGGAAGCGACAAACAGCGGCGGCGGCUAAUAUCGACGGCGAAAUUCACCACAGAUUAUGGAGGCGAUAAGAGCAGCCACAAAGUUUUCACUCAGCGCCGUGCGAUUGGAAUCCGGCAGCAGCUCAGACAACGGCACUAGACCUUCUCCACACGAUCGGAACGCAGCUCCCCUUCUCUCGGUUUCCAAGCCUUCGUGGAUCGUCAGAACUGAGUCAAAUAUCCGAAGAGAACGAAGACAGAAGCCUGAUCCUCCUUGCGUUGUCUGCAGAGGGAAUGGCAGAGUGGAGUGCUACGAUUGUAAUGGAAGAGGAAGGACAAAUUAUGUGGAUCUGGAGAUGCUUCCGAAAGGAAAGUGGCCAAAAUGGUGUAGGGCUUGCGGUGGAAGUGGGAUGAACCACUGUUCUCGCUGCCUCGGGACAGGGGAGUAUCGCUAUAUACUGGGAUUCGGGUUAACGCAUAGACAAUCUGGUGAUAAUGAGCAUGGCAGAAUAGGUGGAGGUGGUGAUAGAAGAAGACGGAUAAGAAGUGCAGAUGAUUUGCUUGUAAAUGAUGAAGAAUGCUUGUAAUUCAUAGUAGUAGUAGUUAUAGGAAUGUAAGAGCAAGCAGUUUCAGUCUGGAAUGAUAUUUCUGUAGUACAUUGUCUCAGCUAGAACCAUAUUGGCUUACAGUUUGUGUAUGAAUUCUAUACAUUCUGCACCUGAGAUUUAUACAGACUUUAUGUUUUGAGGUA